GAGUUGCCUUGGCUUUCUCACUCUCUGGAGCUCAGAAGUAGACCAUCACAACCAUCAUGAAGUGCCUGCUGCUCACAUUGGGCCUGGCCCUUGUCUGUGGCAUUUAUGCUGUGGUCAUCCCCCAAACCAGGAAAGAUCUGGACAUCUUGAAGCUAGCAGGGACCUGGCACACCAUGGUGAUGGUGGCCAGUGACCUGUCCCUCCUGGUGACGGAAAACGCACCUCUGAGAAUAUACAUCAAGGAGAUGCAGCCCACCCCAGAAGGCAACAUGGAGAUCGUCCUGCUCAAGAGGGUCAAAGACGCAUGUGUGGAGUUGACCGUCAUUGCCCAGAAGACGAAGGGCCCCGCUGUGUUCACUGUCAACUACCAGGGUGAGGGCAAGGUGACCUUGCUGGACAUAGACUAUGAGCACUACCUGUUCUUCUGCCUGAAGGCCUCCACGCAUCCCAAGGAGCGUGCCAUAGUGUGCCAGUACCUGGCCAGGACCCUGAAGGCCAACACCGAGGUCAUGGAGAAAUUCCACAGGGCCCUUGAGACCCUGCCCGUGCCCAUCCAGAUCUCCUUGAACUUCACCCAGGGCAAAGAGAGGUGCCGCGUGUAGGUGAGCACUGCUAGUCCACCUCACGGAGUAAGGGCUGCGAGUGUUCCAGGACCCGGCUCCUCCACAGUGAGGGAGACGUGUCACCCCCUCACCUGAGGAACCCCGCCUGUCGAGGAGUCAAAGUGGCUGAAGACCAAGGACAGCCACUUGUCCUGGGACCCGACCCCUCUAGAUCUCGGCCGUGGACUUCCUAUUCUGAGCAGUUUCAUUCCAGCAAUAAAUGACACGUGCACACUC